AUGGCAAGCAGCACUUCGUCAUCUGGUACUGCACCUGUCCGAUACGCAGUUCGUCAGGUUCUUGAUCAGGAGUACCGCAAGGAAACCAUGCGAAAACAGUCCGAUGUUUUGAAUGCAGCUGGUCGCAAUUCUGUUCUCGGAAAAUUCCCAGACGAGCAAGGAAAUUUGGCUCAAAAGGCGAUGAAAGAGGGUGCUGUCAAACGAGAUUUCUUUGGACGAAUUGUUGCAGCCCCUAUUUCGGAGAAUAAGACUUCUGAUGACCACAAUGCAACUGACGAAGCUUCAAAGGCUGGCAGGAAGGUAUGGGUCACCUAUCAUGAAGGAUUCUCGAACGCGGUCCGCAAGCCUAUUUCACUUGGAGAAUUAAUGGCCGGGCUGUGA